AUGACAAGGUUACCAAAGACCAGACACCAGACACCGCCCACCAAGAUGGCGGCCAACGGUGGUGUGCGUGAACGCAUGCAACAGGAUGAGAAUUCAGUCUGCAGUGGUAGACCUUCUAGCUUCUUAGCAGUCAAGACGUCAGGUGAUUUAACCACCACAGACGACCAGCCCACAAUAAGACUCAUUCCUGUCGGCUCCUGA